AUGGCCAUUGAAGAGAUUGAUCACCUCCAGAAGGAGUUGAAUGAUCUGGCGAAGAAGUUGAACGAGACUAUCAAAGUUGUCGAGCUACUGAGAGCUCAGCGAAAGGAGGUUUACGAAAAGCUUGGAAAUGCUGCUGCGACAGUCCAAGAGGCUACCAGGAUUAAUAGGGCCACUGAGAAGAAGCUCGCACGCGCCCAAAAGUCGCUCACACAGGCUGAAGGAGAAGCCAAGGUGGCGAAUGAGAGAUUUGUCAAGGAGGAGGAUGCCAUCGAGAAGCUUCGCGCAGAGGAAAAUCGCCUAAAGAAUAAGACGGAGGAUGAGGUUCGCCAUGAGAAGGUGCACAAGAAGAUGCUUGAGAUCAAGGCGAAGGUGGAGUAUUUGAAUCAAGAUCGUAUGAACUGGGCAUCUUGGCCACCCGAAGAGCUCGUCAGACGUUGGGAGAACGGCGACAUUUAUUAUGAGCCCUUCACCAAGGAACAUAAUGUUCUGAAGCUGAGCUCUGCAUACCAACAAAUGGGCCUUCCCAGUAUCCCGAGCGACCUUGAGCUCACUGCAAUUUCGUCUAUCUUGCACAACGAAAAGGGCUCCACUCCCUGGAAGUGCAAGUUCUGGAAUCCUGAGUGUGCUGCAUUUCCUGACCCAUCACAAAUAUCUAUCAAUACCGAUGGUAGCAGCAGCAGCGAGUCGAUUGUGGGCAAGACAACCGGAGCUCAAUCUCCAUCACCAAUGCCGAUCAAGUCCGAAGUCAACCAAUCCGACUCCAUCGGCCCGAAUCCACAAAUUCCAAUGAAGACCGAGGACAACGACACUGUCUUAGGCAAGAGAAAUCGAGAGACUUCGGCAUCGAGCACUGCUACCGCUUCAUCGAGUUCCUCGGGUCAGCUUGCUGUCGAAGCAAACGUGGGAGUCGACAACUCUGUCAAGAGCGAAGUCGGAGAAGAGCGCGCAGCCAAGAAGGUCAAGAUGGACAAUCCUAUUUCGACUGCUCCUCUUGCCCCUCGUCUCGAGACCAGCACAGAUGACCCCGAAGAGAGAUCAGCACAGGGAGAGCGUCUGGAACUUUCGACGGAUGCUGCAAAUGAUUCGGCUCUUCCUGAUUGGUGCUCUGGCUUCACCAAACAGAAUAUGGAGAAGAUCUGAGUUCCCAAUCUGGAACCUCAAUCUGACCUGGACGAGAAGCGAGCCGUAGCUAUGCUAGACUUGGUCUUCGACGACUUGAUUUGACGCUUGGGACAUCUAUGCGAAGGAAGAUCGAUGGAGGAGCUUUUUUUGUCCUUUAAUAACAUAUGAACUGGGGGUACAAACAAACAUAUUUAGGGAUUGACAGCGGGAGAACAAUCUGUUAAGGACGGGGUGGGUGGACAUUUACGUGGCUGGAGG